CUUUGCUAAAAUUAACAAUAUAGCCUUAGUAUGUACACUUAGUAUGAUAUAGGUUUAAGUGUUGGAUGUUCCAGUCAACCAAUUUAUAACGAAAUAUAUAUAACCAGGAAAAAUGCCUGAAAAUAGAGAAGAAGUUGUGAUAUCAGGUAUUGGAGGAAGAUUCCCAGAAUGCAAUAAUAUGGAAGAAUUAAAAGAUUUGUUAUUUAACAAGACCAAUGGUGUAACAAUCAAUUCAAAGAGAUGGAAACCAAACGAAAUGAGUGGAAUUGAUGGAACAGGGAAACUAAAAAAUAUUGAUAAAUUUGAUGCCACAUUUUUCAGUGUUCAUCCAAAACUUGCUGAAACUAUGGAUCCAUUAACAAGAGUUUGCUUAGAAAGAUCAAUUGAAGCGAUUAUCGAUGCAGGCUUAAGUCCAUCAGAUUUGUACGGAACAAAUACUGCCGUAUUUACCGGAUCAGCCAUAAGUGUUACAGAAAUGUAUACAAUGGAUUGCUCCGAAAAUUCCAGUUUCUCAAUGUUAGGACGUAGUAGAACUAUGCAAGCAAAUCGUGUUUCGUAUAUUCUCAAUUUAAAUGGUCCUAGUUUUUCAAUGGAUGGAGGAUGGAUUUGUGGUUCAAAUGGUUUGGCAAAAGCUAAAGAAAUGAUUGAAAGUGGUAUCAUAUCUUCAGCGAUUAUUGGAGUGACUGGUUUAGUCCUUCGGCCAGAAAUUCAAUUACAAUUUCAAGGAUUAAAUAGAUUAAACAAAAAUACUCAAACAAAAUCAUUCAGCUCUGAUGCUGAUGGAUAUAACAGAUCAGAAGCGUGUAUUGUUAUGUUACUCCAAAGAGCAUCCGAAGCUAAACGUUCUUAUGGAACGUUAUUAAGUGUAAAAUCAGCACAGUUUGGAGAUCAUCAAGGGCACUUGGUUGAACACGCUGGGAAUAACUUUAAAUCAGUAUUGUUGGAAUCUUAUAAAGAAGCUAAUAUAAAUCCAGCUUCUGUAGAAUUUGUCGAAGCUUAUGGAUCGGGAAUAAAGAGUGAAGAUGCUAUGGAAUUAAAUAUUAUGGAAGAAGUGUUUUGUACUGAAAAUAGGAAGAUACCUUUAAAAGUUGGUUCUGUUAAAAGCAACGUAGGCCAUUGCGAAGUUGCUGGUCUCUUUAUGUCAAUUGUGAAAGCCAUAAUUGCAUUAGAAAGUGGUUACAUACCACCGAACAUAAAUUAUACAGAGCCAAAUGAAAAUGUGGCAGCGUUAAAAAAUGGGAAAAUCCAAGUGGUCACGGAAAAGACACCACUUUUUACUGAUGUAAUUGGAAUUAGUUCUUUCGGUCUUAUAAACGCAUUUAGUCACGUCAUCAUUAGACAAAAUAGUAGAUUACAUUGCAACCUCAAUGAUGUCUUUCAUGAAGAUUGUAUACCACGGCUAAUUUUUGCAUCAGGGCGAAAUGAGGAAAAUGUCAGGAAGACCUUAGACAAGAUCAAAAGCUAUGGAAGCAAUAACGAAUUUAUAGCAUUGACCAAUGAUGUAUUUACUAAAAAUAUUAACGCUCAUUUUUAUAGAAGUUUUUCCAUUUAUCCUAAUCCAGAGGAAUUAAGAAUUGAUGACGUUUGGAAUGUUGAUAUGAAUAAGAAACGGCAGGUAUGGUUUAUAUUCUCCGGUAUGGGAUCACAAUGGCAUGGAAUGGGCACAGAUCUUAUGAAACUUCCAGUUUUCGCUGAUGCUAUAAACAAAUGUGAUAUCAUACUGAAGCCUCUAGGAGUCGACAUCAAAUACAUUUUAACCAGCCAAGAUCCAACAAUAUUUGAUAAUAUUCUUAAUUCUUUUGUUGGAAUUGCUGCGGUUCAGAUCGGGUUAGUAGAAGUUUUAAAAAAAAUAGACAUUAUACCUGACAAGAUUAUUGGCCACUCGGUCGGAGAAUUAGGAUGUGCCUACGCAGAUGGUUGUUUUACGGCUGAAGAAAUGAUAUUAUCUGCUUACGCCCGAGGUCGAGCUUCUUUGGAAACAAAACUUAUACCUGGAAUGAUGGCUGCUAUUGGACUUGGAUACGACCAAAUCAAAGAUAAACUUCCACAUGACAUUGACGUUGCUUGUCAUAAUAGUUCCACUAGUUGCACAAUAUCGGGUCCAGUUGACAGCAUCAAUGAGUUUGUAUCAGAAUUAAAAUCCAAAGGUGUCUUUGCAAAAUCCGUCAACGCAGCUGGCAUUGCGUUUCACAGUAGAUAUAUUCAAACCGCUGGCCCGACUCUGCUCAAAUAUUUGAAAGAAGUAAUCAAAGUACCAAAAAUAAGGUCUUCGAAAUGGAUAAGUAGUUCACUGCCGGAAACAGAAUGGAAGUCGGACCUUGCAAAAUAUUCUUCGCCAGAGUAUCAUACAAACAAUUUAUUGAGUAGUGUGUUGUUCGAAGAAGUUCUUAAACACAUACCCAGUGAUGCAAUUACAAUUGAAAUUGCUCCUCAUGGCCUUCUUCAAGCUAUUUUAAAAGUUUCUUUGCCGGAUACAGUUACUAAUAUAUCAUUAACUAAAAGAGUUUUUAGCAAUUCUAAUUCAAUUUUACUGGCUGCAUUUGGAAAAAUGUACGUAAAUGGAUUAAAUCCGAAAACACAAAAUAUCUAUCCGCCUAUAAAGUUUCCAGUUAGUCGAGGGACUCCUCAUAUUCACAGUUUACCUUUUUGGGAUCACAUUGAUAAAUGGACACCCGUUGUAGCAAAGGAUUCACAUUUCCUACCUGGAGAGAAAACAAACUCAAUAUUGCUAAAUGAAAAUAUUUAUUUGAUGGAAUAUAAAAUCCAUGGUUAUCAUAUUAUACCACUUGCAUACGUUUUGAUAAAUGUUUGGAAAAUGUAUGUAGAAAUGCAUGCCAAAAUUUUUUCUGAAGAGUCUGUACAGUUCUAUAAUCUAAAAUUCAAAAAUAAUAUCAAAAUCCAUCCAACUAAUUUGGCUGAGUGUUAUAUAAUGAUACAAUGGGGAUCUGGCUUAUUUGAAUACAAUUUCAACGAUGAAGUCAUUUUUUCUGGUCAAAUAAGUUUUAAAGACGACUUAAAUUUAAUUGAGAAACCAGAAAAUGAUAAAAAAUCUAAUAAUUUUCAAGGAUGUAUAUCAAACGAAGAACUUUAUGCCAUUUUGAAAAAAAAUGGGUAUAAUUUAGGAGACAACUUCAAAAACAUUACGCAUUUAGAUGUUUAUAAAAAUAAUAUUCAAGGUUUAGUAAAAUGGGAAAAUGAUUGGAUUUAUUUUUUAGAUGGACUAUUAAAGUUUCCAUUAUUAGACAAUUUAGGCACUCACCAAACGGAAGCUCCAGUUUCCAUUAGACAACUAGUUAUAAACCCUAUUAUGUUCAAUAAAUACACAAAAAAAGACAUUAACAUAAAUUACAACAAAGUCACAAAUGAAAUAACAUGUAAUGGAGUACAAAUAUGUGAUGUAAUAAACGAACCUUUAACAAUACCAAUACUAAAUUCUGCGGAAAUUAAAUUAGAAGAAGUAAAGUUUAUUCCAUUCAACUGCUCACAUUGCAAAAAUAUCAAUGAAAUUAUUUAUGAGUUUAUGAAUAUAAUAACAGAGUUUGAAAAAAAUUAUGUUGACAAUACAUCUGGAAAAUGUAUUCUUUAUAAACCGUUCAAUUAUAAUGAUCCAUUAUAUAUAUCAUGCACAAAAUCGAUUGAACAAAUUAUUGAAAACGAUACAUUAAUUGAUUGUACAAUAUUGAAUUGGGAUAAUGCCGAGGAAAUAUCCAAAAAUGAUGUAUUUGGAAGAUUUAUCACGGUCACAAAUGUUGAUUACUUUCAAGAUACAACUAAAGCGUUAGCCGACAAAAAAUGUAGUUAUAUAAUUGUAUGCUCCACAACAAAGCUCCAAGAUCUCAAAGACUGGAAAAUAAUUACACAACAGAAACUUAACAACAAUAGCUAUUUAUCAUUGAUGAAAAAGGCAAUAUUAAUAAAAUAUGAUAAAACCAAAUUUAUAAAACCAACAAAUAAUGAUAACGAUCUGAGCAUUUGGAAAGCAUUAGAAACACAUAAUUCAUCAAAAGAUAUGAUUUAUAUAAUUUCAAGGUCUGAACCGUUGAAAGGCAUUAAUGAUUAUGUUAACGAAAUCUUACAAAAGUAUAAAUCAAAAAAAUUAAGAUUUUUGUUUAUAUUGGAUUCAAACGCACCAGAUUUUGAUUCUAACCAGACAUUUUAUACAAAUCAGCUAUCAAAAGAUUUAAUAGUAAAUAUUUAUAAAAAUGGCGGUUGGGGCUCUUAUAAAAAAAUUGUUCUUCAAAAUUUAAAAGAUGAUAUUAAGGUCAACAAAAAUAUAGUGUUUAAAAAUUUCACCACAAAUACUAAAAACAAAUUAAAAGUCAAAUAUCUAGGGUUGAAUUUCAAAGAUUUGGUUGUCGAAGAAAACACCGAAAACGAAUUUGGACCAUUGGAAUACUCGGGGUAUAUUGAUAAUAAAACCAUUAUGGGAAUUACUUCGUUCGAAAAUAUAUCUUCUCAAAUGAUCUAUGAUCCAUUAUUAUCAUGGCCUGUACCAUCGACAUGGUCACUAGAAGAAGCAACCACUGUUCCUCUGGCAUAUGCCAUGAAUUAUUAUAUUUUUAACAUCUUGUGUAAACUUCAAAAAGAUAAUUCCGUUUUGGUAACUUCUGGGUUGCAUCCAAUAGGUCAAGCUGCAAUUGCAAUAAGUUUAAGUAUAAAGUGUGAGACUUACGCUAUUGUAGACUCAGACCAACAAGCAGAACAACUUUCUAGUAUCUUCCCGGAGUUAUUGCGGUCUAGAAUACUUAUAAACAUCAACAAUACAUUUGAUGUUAAUUUAAAAAUAAUAACCAAAUCCAAAGGAAUAGAUUUUAUUUUGAACUUUUUGAUCGGUGAAUCAUUUGAUGCUGCUUUUCGUACUUUAGCUAAGCAUGGAAGUUUCUUUAAUUUUUCAAAAGCAGAUAUGAAAAAUCAUAGAUUAUUAGGUACACGAAUAUUCUUGCAAAACACAUCGUUUUUCGCUAUUAGUUCAAACAUGUUGCUAAAUGAAAGUAUUCACAGUAAAAAAGUUGUACAGCAAGCAUUCAUGGAUGGAUUACAUAAAAGCGUGAUUAAACCUUUCUGUAAUUAUGUUUUAACACCGCCAUUUAGUAUUGAUCCUAUUCUAGAUGAUAUGAGAACUGCUUUGGACACAUCGAAUAAAAUUGUACUAUCUUUAAAUGAUGAUGGUAUGAAUUCCAAAAUUAAGUUUGAACGUAACUCACAUCAAUUUUGCCCCGAUCACGUUUAUGUAGUAAUUGGAAAUAAAUCUGAUUGGUUGGAUGUUGCUGAAUGGUUGGUCGACCGAGGUGCUCAAAAAAUGGUUAUUGUUGCCAAACAUUCUUUAAUAUCAUUAACAAACUGUAGAAGGUUUGAUAAAUUAAUAUCCCAAAAUGUAAUAAUACAAUUCGAAUCGUUUUCACUUUUAAAAGAGGAAUCUAUCGAGUGGUUAACCAAAUUAACAUCGUCCAAUGUUUUAGGAUCUAUGUUUAUAGUUAAUCAGCAUGAUGUUAAAAUAAUUAAAUCGUUGCGAAAUGCUUUUGAAAAUGUUUCCAACAAAACCAAAACAACGUGGUUAAUAUGUAUUUCAAGUAAAGGGGAACAUAUUUGUGCUGAGCUUAAAUCAAAUGGUCUAAAUGCUUUGAACAUACACUGGGACGAAAUUUCGUCACAACCAAAUAAUAUAGAAAAAUUACUUAUUGCAUUAGAUAAUCUACUGCAAAAACCCACCAACUUAGAGUCUUCUUCAUUUAUAUACUCGGAAUCUAGUGCUCAUAAUUCAAAAUGGUCACAUAAAAUCAAUGAUAUUAUUUCAAAUUUUUUCCCUGAAUCCAUCGAAGAGUUACAACUUUUGCAUGAUAAGAUAACAAAAGAAGCAGGAUUUAUCGAAGUUCCUACAAGAAGUCCGAGAUUAUCACAAUUGAAAUCUGUAACACCUGUGUUUGUCAUACCUGGAUUGAAGCCAAAACUCGUUGAAUCGUUUUACAAACAUUUUUUUUACCCGGUUUUCGAAGCUCAAUAUCCUAAUGAUAUCAUAUCGAUUGACAAUUUAUCUGAAAUUUUAGUAAAUAAACUUAAAAGCAUAAUGGAACGAGGUUACGUAACCAUUAUUGGUGAAUCUUGGGGAGGAAUGGUUGCUCUAAAAAUGGCUCAAAUAUUGGAAUCGCAAGGUAUACUAGUUUCCUUGACAUUAUUAGAAGGUGACCCAGAAUUUUUGACUGGAUGGGCUGAAUGUUUCCUGUCAAAUGAUAAUAUCGACAAUAAGUUAAAUAAAAUGUAUAGUUCACUUAUUAACAAGCAUGUUUCGGGUAAUUGUGAAGACGUAAAUAAAAUAUUAAAUACAGCUUCACUGAAUAAAAUAUUGGAAGAUAAAACCAAACAAGCACUGGAUAUUAUUCGCAAUAGGUUACAAAUAUUAUUGGAGUCGAAGCCACUUUUGAAUAAAUUGCAUACCAAAGUUUUAAUAGUUAGAUACGAACGAGCAUUUGAAUUUUAUAUAGCUAAUCUAAAUGAAUAUUGUACGAACCCGUCAUUUGUACAUACAAUUCCUAAGAUGGAUUACAAAAGUAUGAUAGUGGACAAAGAAACGAUUAACGCUAUAACAAACAAUGUGGUUAUAUCUUAUCCACUUGGAAUUGAACUAUCGUUGAUUGAAAAAUACAAUAACUUCUACUUUAGUUUAGAAAAAUUUUUAAAACAUAUCAGUUGAUGACCAUUUAUAUUAAUAAUAUUUUUAUUUUCAGUUUUCAAAUAUAAAUAAAAUAUGAGUAAAAUUCAAAUACUUAUUGUUAUUUAAUUUUUUAUAAGAAUUUUUAUUAAAAUUAUAUUAUUAGUGACCAAUAUUUAUUCAGAUUAAUUUAUUAUAGAACAACUUUUAUCUAUGUGUUUAUAUUGUAAAAAAGUGCAAAUAGACUAAAAUUAGAUAUAGUUUAUUGAGUUAAAAAAUUUGUUCCAUGUAAAUGUUAUAUGUGUAACAUUGUGUUACAUAUUACAUGUGCACUCAGUUGUAUUUAGAUUUUAAAUAAAAAAUAUUAUCAGAUAUUA